GUAAAGUAACAUUUCAUUAAAAAUUAAUCCUUUUUUCAAAUAGCUGCCCUUAAGUACUUUUUUUUCUGCUUUUGAUAAAGCCUUGUCAUUAGCAAUAUAUUUACAUUUGUUGAUAAACUUUUUAGUUUUCUUUUAAAAAAAUAAUUUUAUUAAUUUGUUUUCAUGCGUAAGCAUUUUUUUGCCGUCAUUUAUCAGGAUUAGAAACUUCUUACCCUUGUUCUUUCUGCACUUAAAGUAAACUGAAAUGAAAUCUAGAUAAAAUCCUCCCCGAAUGUGUUAAAAUACUUGCGAUCAGCAAGCGUUUCUCUUAGCGGCUCCCGCUGUAAGAGAAAGUACAUAGCUCCUAAACUCAUUCCCCCCAAAGUUUUCUCUUGGUAUUGAUUUUAAUGCCGGCUACUUUGAUUUUAGACUGAGCACGAAGAUAGCAAUUGUGUUUGCCUCUCUGUGUGCGUUUGCAUGUUCUUUUUCAAGAAAAUUCAGUAUUUCGCCAGACGUUGUGCGAUUCGGAGUGGAUAAGCGACCCGGAGCUAAAACCGGACCCGGACAUCCGGAGUGGAAUCGCGCGUAUUAUUUGGUGAAUGGUAAACGUAAUAAUUAGUCGAAAGACACCUGCCAAGUGUUUAGCAGUGAGUCUCCGGCAAUUAUUCGGUCUAAUGAGCGUGUACAAAACACCAGAGUCGCCAAGUGCAUCAUUAAAAACUCGUAGUGAUUAGAUAAUGGGAGCAGCCUUAUCUGGACACUUGGCCAACGUAUUUCAGCAGCCUGCAGAAUUUCCCACCAAGUCGCUGCAAUUAUAGAAUCCACCCCGACCCUGACCUUUGCAAAUAACUUGCGGAUCACGUGCCUUUGAAAUCCGGAAUCCAUAGUUUUAAACUGCCUUUCCGCUUAUUCGAGAGAAGAGAAAGUCCUUUUAUCCUUGGCAUGUCAGCUCCAGCGGCAGGUGCGGCGGCUGCCAUCCUGGACUUUGACGACAUCCUCGCCCAAAUAGGAGAGUUCGGCCGAUUCCAGCGGCGGAACUAUCUGCUCAUAUGCCUGCCGGUUCUGUUUGCAGCCGCCAACAGCCUUUCUUAUGUUUUUACGGCCGGAUCUCCCACCUAUCGAUGUUUCGUGCCCGGCUGCGACAGUCCGGAGGAGCCGGAUUAUGGAGCGGAUUGGGUCUCAGUUGCCGUGCCCGGCAGCUGGAGCAAACGGGGCCACUUCACGCCGGCAACCUGUGACAGGUUCGUGCCGAAUGGAAGUAACCCCGAAUCCGAACCUUGGAGUCCGUGGUCUUUGGAUCGGUGCUCGGCCGAUAACUUUACAGCGGAUACGGAGCGAUGCGGGCAGUUCGUUUAUGGCAGUCCGGAGCGGACCAUUGUGCAGCAGUGGGGGUUGCACUGCCAGGAGAAUCUCUGGAAGCUGGCCUUCGUGGGCACAAUGCACUUUGCCGGUCUGGUGGUGGGAACAGCCCUCUCCGGUUAUCUAGCCGAUCGAUAUGGGCGUAAGCACGUCUUUCUCAUCUGCAUUGUGUUCAUGGCGCUGACGGGAGUGGCGCAGGCGUUGGCUUGGGACUACUCCAGUUUCCUGGUCUUUGCCCUCCUCAACGCGGUGGGCACUUCCGGCGUAUAUCCGCUGGCCUUCAUCAUUGGCGUGGAAAUGGUGGGUCCGCGGAAGCGGGAGAUGUCCUCCAUCGUGCUUAACUACUUUUACGCGGUGGGCGAGGCACUGCUGGGUCUGUCCGUCUUUCUGCCGGACUGGCGUCAGUUGCAGUUGGUGCUGUCGCUGCCACCGCUCAUCUGCGUGGCCUAUUUCUGGCUGGUUCCGGAGUCGGUGCGGUGGCUCCUGGCCCGCAAUCGGCGGGAGCAGGCUGGUGCCAUCAUCCGACGGGCGGCGAAGGUGAACCGGCGGGACAUCUCCGUUGAGCUGAUGGCCAGUUUCAAGCAGCAGGAGCUGGACGCGGAAACCGCAGUGGAGGAUGAGGCCGAAGGUGGUGUCCUGGCCGAGCGGAAAGACGACAAGAUCUGGGUGGCAAUCAAACAGGUCGCGGGUUGUCCCACUUUGAUGGGCAGGUAUGCCAUUCUGCUUCUCAUUUGGGCAGUGAACGCCAUCGUUUACUACGGGCUUUCGUUGAAUGCGACCAGUUUGAGUGGCAACAAGUACCUUAACUUCGCCCUGGUCUGCCUAGUUGAGAUCCCCGGCUAUAGCCUCGCAUGGCUGUUCUUGCGCAGACUUGGCCGUCGAUUGGCCCUCUCCGGAUCGCUGUUGCUCUGCUCCAUCACGUGUGUUGCCAGCGGCUUUGUUACCCUUGGUGCCAACUGGCUGGUCGUGACGCUUUUUCUCAUUGGAAAACUGGGAAUCACCUCCUCCUUUGCCGUCAUCUACACGUUUACCGCGGAAAUGAUGCCCACGGUCAUUCGGAGCGGAGGCGUCGGUGUUAUGUCUACAUUUGCCCGCUUUGGGGCGAUGCUGGCUCCCUUUGUGCCUCUGUUGGCUUCUUACUACGAACCGCUGCCUCUGUUGCUAUUUGGGGCCUUAUCACUGGUAGCAGGACUACUUUCGCUGCUACUGCCAGAAACCUUUAAUCGGAAGCUGCCGGAUACGGUAAGUACUACUAAACCAUCAAUAAUAUUAGUAAAAUCAUUAAUAAACUUAUCAAUCUUCUGCAGGUGGAAGAGGCCAUAGCCUUGGGAAAAUGAUAAUGGCCUUUUAGGUUCCGGAUGGUUACAGACUAUCAGCCCAUUUUUUUAUAAAACAAUAUUUGUAGAUACUUGUAAUAAAGUAUUUUCUUAGUACUUUCAAAUUUGUAAGUAAGAAUA